AUGCUUGUCAAUACAACCGUUACCUUUUUGAUCCGGCCCGAGAUUCUCAGCCUCGCAGCUGUCCUCGGCGUCAUCUAUUUCAUGUUGCCUUGGGCAAUCAACUACGUACAGCUGCGGCGACUCAAGACGCCAACUGUCGACGUCCCGGUGAUAAACCUCCACAGGAAAGAUUUCGACGGGGCUGCCGAGCACUACUUGUACCACUUCAAGGAGAUUCUAGAACAGGGGUAUGACAGGUUCAAGGGGUUAUACAAUAAAGGGGCUUUUCAAGUAUGGGGAAUCGACGGUUACAUCGUCAUCGUCUCGCCUGAGUACCUGGAAGAAUUGAACGCAUUGGGAACCGACACAUUGGACUUCCACUCGGCCAGUCAGAAACGUAUAAUCGGCGACUACGAAUGGCUCCGCAUCGCAGAUGAACUUGAGGCGCAUACCAUUCUUACCGACCUGACCAGGAACAUUGGCAACCUCCUACCCAACAUUCACAAGGAAAUCGAGCAUGCUCUUUCAACGGAGUGGCCAAGCUGUCCAAAAUGGACUCCAGUCAAGGUCUGGCCGAGCAUGUUUCGCACCAUGGCCCUCGUCAUCUCGUUGAUGAUAGUGGGCCCAGAGCUCAGCCGUGACGAGCACUGGCUUAAUACCAUGAUCAGCUUCGUCGAGGAUGUCUUUGUUGGGGGCUGGCAACUCAAGAAGUACUCGCUGUUUAUGCGGCCCAUUGUGGCGCGCGGUCUAGUCCCUGGAAUCCGGCGCGUAUGGCAGCACCAGGAAAACGCGCGCAGGCUUAUCGUUCCCAUGAUCUCACGACGUCGUGCCGAGAAGGCUCGAGCCGAGACCGCCGGCGAGAAGUACGUGAAGCCGCAGGACAUGGUGUACUGGCUGUCGGAGGGAGCGGCAAAAACACUCCCGCCGCGGAGCGACGCUAAUGUGGCCGAGCUGUGCCUCAUGAUGAACUUCGCGGCGCUGCAUGCCGCCACCGUCACACUGACCAACAUUAUGUUUGACCUGGCUGCCAGACCUGAGUAUAUUGCUCCUCUGAGAGAUGAGUACUCGACAGCCAAGGCUAAAUAUGGCGGGUUCACGGAGAAACAGGCCAUUCUGGUCAAUAGCCUUAGCAGGCUUGACUCCUUCAUGAAGGAGUCACAACGUAUGAAUCCAGGCACACUGACGACGUUCUCGCGGCUUGUGCGCAGGGACGUACAGCUGUCGUCGGGCCUCGUAUUACCAGCUGGGACACAUAUUCUAGCGCCAGCAGCGAUGAUCUCACUCGACGGCAAUGUCUACAAAGAUCCCUUGCAGUUUCAGGGGUUUCGAUUCCACGACCAACGCACUGCCGACGAGGAUAGCAUGUAUGCGAAGCAAUUCACGACCACAUCCCCACAGCAGAUGCACUUUGGCUAUGGCCGCCAAGCCUGCCCUGGCCGCUUUUUUGCGAGCGCUGUCAUCAAGUGCAUCACGAUGCAUAUUUUGGAGACGUUUGAUCUCAAGCUCGUCGACCACGAGGCCGGCCGGCCGAAGAAUGCCCUGAAAGGUGCAAUGAACAUGCCGAGCGAGACCGCUGAGAUUAUGAUGGUUCGACGGGGAAGUGGGAAAUAG